AUGAGUAGCAUCAGAAAAGCAACUGCUAUGCUCAACGACUGUUUUACCAAGUAUGUUGGACAAGAUGGAGACAAGACAGCCAUGUCCAAGGCUGAAGUUGCAAAGAUAUUCAAAACAGAGUUUCCUGAAUUAGCCGCCGCAUUAAUAAUAACUGACAUGUUUAAACUGCUGGAUGAAGAUGGUGAUGGCACCGUUAAUUUCUAAGAAUACGUCGUUUACGUUGCAACCUUGAGUAUGGUGCUCCAUGGAUGUUGA